CUGUUUCAGGUGAGAAUAAAUCUGGUUUCUGUUGUUCCACCUUGACCAGAAGCAGAAUUCCUCUGAGCUGGGGUUGAACCAGACUCUGCCCUGCCAGACAGCUGCCUCUUGGACACCAGGGCUGAGCACAGCCCACAUUCCAUCCGUGUACUUUUAUCUCAGUGUCAUGUCUGACUUCUGGAAACUUGAGUUUAUCUCCCAUGCUAUGACAAGAAUGCAGCAAAACAUGUAUUUUCUGUUGGGAAAUCUUAAUAUUUGUGUCCAUUAAGCUAGCUAAGAAUGUGGCAGUAGCCAAUGAUAAAUGUCCACCUGAAGUCACUUGAAGAAAGGUCCACUCAGAGGUAGUCUUACCACAGGAAAGUAAAUUUUCAGGAGCUUGUGUGAGUGGGGAGGAGCUUUGCAGGCACUCAUUGGCUCCUAAAGUCACAGGGGACGCCCGCAGGAGCUGGUCCCACAGUGGGCUGUGUGCUGUGCUCUCUGGGUGGUGAGGCCACCAGGUGCCAGCUCAGGGAAGACAGCCUGUACCCGGAGGAACCAGUUUCUGCACUGAUCACCAUUUAUUGUGCUUAGCAGUGAGGGAGGAAGCACAUAAAGAAGCUUCUGGAAGAAGAGUAUCUGAGUUAGGUCCCAAAUGGCUCCAGUUCAAACCUGCUAGGCAGGAGAUUUCCAUCAAAUCGUCCAGCCUCUGCCGGCCAACCCCAGAACCCAACAGGAAGCAGACACCCGCCUGUCAAACCUCAGUGGCAUUAGCUAAGAGACAGCUUAUCCAGACAGGACCCCGCUGAAGUCCACCAGGGUGUCGACAUUGCGAAUGCAGCCCUACCUGACUUUGUCUUGGGGCUGCUUUCAGGGGCUCCCCUGAGCUGGGUUCAUUUCUCCCUGGCAGCUUCCCACAGAGCCCACUGAGUUCUGCUUCAAGGAUGGAAUCAGGUGAGGGAUCCUCAAUGUCCCCAGAAGCUGUCACCAAUGCUGGGCCUGGCAGCUCCUCCCUGGGGAAGCUUCGGGAGCUUCCUAUUGGAAUUGGCACCCACCAAGGGGAUCCUGACAGCCCGGCUGCAGCAGGAGAUGGCACUCCAGACACCUGCCCCUUGGGGGAGCCCAGAAGCAUCAUGAAGAUCCCCAACCGGGACAGUGGGAUUGACAGCCCGUCCUCCAGUAUAACCUGUGAGAGCUUCCCCUGUGAGGAGGGCACUGAGGUCCCCCCAGGUCCUACGAUGCUGGGGCUGCACUCUGAGACUGGUGUGGACAGCCAGGCGUUGCAGGACAGCCCCCAGGAGGAGGCUGACAGUGACGUGGGUGAGGAGCCUGACCCCGAGAAGAGCCCUGCUAGAGCUGAGGAGGACACCGGCCUGGCCCAGUGUUCUGACCCGCAGAAGCUGUUCAACAUCGCCCAGGAGCUCCUGCACACUGAAGAGACCUACGUUAGGCGGCUGCACCUGCUGGACCAGGUUUUCUGCACCGCGCUGACGAAAGCGGGGAUCCCUUCGGAAGUCACUACUGGCAUCUUCUCUAACAUCUCCUCCAUCUACCGCUUCCAUGGUCAGUUCCUGCUGCCCGAGCUGCAGCGGCGGAUCACGGAGGAGUGGGACACAAACCCUCGGCUUGGGGACAUCCUGCAGAAGCUAGCCCCGUUCCUGAAGAUGUAUGGCGAGUAUGUCAAGAACUUUGACAGGGCGGUGGGGCUGGUGAGCACAUGGACCCAGCGCUCGCUGCCGUUUAAGGACGUUAUCCACAGCAUCCAGAAGCAGGAUGUGUGUGGGAACCUGACGCUGCAGCACCACAUGCUGGAGCCCGUGCAGAGGGUCCCCCGCUACGAGCUGCUGCUCAAGGACUACCUGAAGAGGCUCCCCAGGGAUGCCCCGGACUGGAAGGAUGCGGAGAGGUCCCUGGAGCUCAUCUCCACAGCCGCCAACCACUCCAAUGCUGCCAUUCGGAAGAUGGAGAAAAUGCACAAACUCCUGGAGGUGUACGAGCAACUGGGUGGAGAGGAAGACAUCGUCAACCCGGCCAACGAGCUGAUCAAGGAGGGCCACAUUCAGAAGCUGUCGGCCAAGAAUGGCACGGCCCAGGACCGCCACCUCUUCUUGUUCAACAGCAUGGUCCUCUACUGUGUGCCCAAACUGCGACUCAUGGGCCAGAAGUUCAGUGUCAGGGAAAAAAUGGACAUCUCUGGUCUCCAGGUGCAGGAUAUCGUCAAGCCAAACGCAGCACAUACAUUCAUCAUCACAGGAAGGAAAAGGUCCCUGGAGCUUCAGGCCCGGACAGAAGAAGAGAAGAAAGAAUGGAUUCAGGUCAUUCAGGCCACCAUUGAGAAGCACAAGCAGAAGAGCGAGACCUUCAGGGCGUUCAGCAGUGCCUGCAGCCUGGACGAGGACUCGGGCCUCUGCCCAGAUUCCCCGAUGGUGAGCACAAGCUCCAUGGAGCCUGCAUUGGUGACCGAUGGCAGUGGGGGUGCCAUAGGGCUCGAGUCCAGAAAACUCUCGUCGAAGGCCAAGCGCGACAGGGAGAGGCAGAGCUGUAAGAGCUGCGGCGAGGCCUUCAACUCCAUCACCAAGAGGAGGCAUCACUGCAAGCUGUGCGGGGCAGUCAUCUGUGGGAAGUGCUCUGAAUUCAAGGCUGAGAACAGCAGACAGAGCCGGGUCUGCAGAGGGUGUUUCCUGGCAGAGCGGGUAGCCCCUGCAAGUCCCAGUGCUGAGGCUCCUUCUGAUUCCAAGCAGAGCACAGAGAAACCACCCGCUGUGGAUCCCCAGCCCAGCCUCAUCUGCGGCCCCCUGUGGCUGUCAGACAAUGGCACAUCCUGGAUUGAGGUAUGGGCCACCAUCCCCGCAUCGGACCCCCGGGUGCUGGACCUGCGUGGCAGCAGCGAGCAGGAUGGCCGGCUGCCGCACGCCAUCCCUCUGUCUGGCUGCACGGUGGGCACUCCAGACCCCGAGGAGGGGCUGACAGCGGGACACCUGUGGAAGGUGCAGCAGGGUCAGCAGCGCUGGUACUUCAGGGCCCCCUCCAGGGAGCUGCAGCAGAGCUGGCUGGGAGCCCUGCGUGCUGCUGCCCACGGGGACACCACCCAGGAGAGCCCUGGUGCCCCGCAGCCCCAGGCCCCGACUGGCACAGCUUCUUCCUGAGCAAAGCUUUGCUCUCUGUGACAAUGACACGUGGAGCCUCUGUUCUCCUGGGAGGCAACGUCUGACCACAUGAAGAAGUGAAGCACUGUGGGGGUGGGGCUGUGGGAAGUCCGACGGCUCAGACCCUGGAGGGUCUCUCUGCUUUGAUGAGGAGAAACUGAGGCCCGGAGAAGACCACCCGCUUGCCCAGAGUCACCCAGCACGUCUCAGGAAAGAGCCCAAGCCUGGCUCCAGCCCAGCAGUGUGACGGGAGCAGGGAACGUGGGCUACUGCCAAAGGCAACGUCCUCUGAGUCGGUCCUGUGGUCGCUUUGGCUCGUGAGACAGAGGAGGCUGUGUGGGUGCUGCCCAGCGAGGACCACUUCCCACCGGGUCUGCCGUUGCUCCUGGAGUGGGCAGUGCUGCCUGGGGUCUGCCCUGGCCCCUGUGGAACUGGACUGGGACUUGCUUCUUGGGGCUCUACCUUCCUUCUCUGCCCUCUCCGAGGCUCUGCCUCACAGCUCGCCGCCCUGUCUGAGCUACCUACGGAGGGACCAAGGGGUGGACCUGCCCUGUCCCACAGGACUCACAGUUCCUGAGCAAUCACACUCAGAAACACUGCUGGGAGGCUGGCCCUGGCCCUGUGUGGUGGGCGUGGGAGACUGUGGCUGUCCCCUUCACGGGUGGAUGCCGUGCUUGUCUGUGUAAAUGAACACUGGCUCUCA